AUGUCGGCGGGAUUGGGGAAGCGACACGGUACACUUGGGCAUUCUGCUCUACAUAAUCUGGCCUCUCCUGACAGGGACCUGGAGGAGUUGAAAUGCUGUGUCUGGACAGGACCUCAUUGGUCGGAUCACAACAGACAGGAGUAUCGAGAAGUUGACAUCGGAUUGGUUGCUCGCGGCUCUCCCAGCCUCAGAUGUCCGUAA